AUGUUGAAACCUGAUAACGCAUUUGGGAGUGGACUCAAAGAUUUAUUCUUUGAUUCUCCCAUAGUUCAUCCCAACUAUUGGAAGGAUAAGCCUAAUAAGAAGUUAGUCAAUACCAUCGAGAAGCAGGAGAUGCCGAAACUCGGUUACCAUGGCAAGGACAAAUACAAAUAUGCAUUUCAUGAACCCUGGAAACCUCUAGAUAGAAUCGGUCUGCUGGAGAAAGCGGAGAGAGGAGAGACCGGCCAUUCCGACGUAGCUGAUAUUCCCAAACAAAUUGCUUCCUGA